AUCCCCAAGAAAAAGAUGAGUUUCUCUAGCCGCAGCAUCUCCCACUCUAGCCUAUUCAGUGAGGCUGGCAUACAGAGGGCACGCAGUGUGGCAGGAGGUGCUGGUAGCAUCAAAAUGUCCUCUGCAAGUGUCUCUAUGGCCAGUGCGGGGGCCACAUAUUUCAAUGGGGGUCUGGAUGUUUCUUCCCUUAGUAACAACAGAAAGGACACCAUGAACAAUCUGAAUGACCGCUUGGCUGUCUAUCUGGAAAAGGUUCACUCUUUGGAACGAGCAAAUUCCGACCUAGAAGCUAAGAUCCGUGACUUCUAUGAGAAACAGUCCGCCAUCCAAGCUUAUGACCCAAGCGGAUUCUAUGAGACCAUUAACAAGUUACGGAUUCAGAUCCUAGAUGCCACCACUGAUAACGCCAGGCUGGUGCUUCAGAUUGAUAACGCAAAACUGGCUGCGGAUGACUUCAAAAUGAAGUUUGAGUCAGAACUGGCCUUUAGGCUUGGAGUGGAACAUGAUAUAAGUGGUCUGCGUAAGGCCCUCGAUGAGCUGACUGUCAACCGAUCUGAUCUGGAGCUGGAGAUUGAAAGCCUGAGGGAGGAGCUGAUCUUCCUGAAGAAGAACCAUCAGGAGGAACUGGAUGUUCUCAAGGGAAGGAUCGGAGGAAAGGUCAAUGUAGAACUGGACUCUGCUCCACCCGUAGACUUGUCUAAGGUCAUUGCAGAAGUCAGACAUCAGUAUGAGGAAAUGAUGGAGAAGAACCGUCAGGAGAUGGAGUCCUGGUACAGGACACAGAGUCAAAGCCUCAGUACGGAAGUUGCCGUGUGCCAACAAAGUUUUGAAAGUUCUAGGACCGAAGUUACGGACCUGAGACGUUCAGCCCAGAGCCUGGAAAUUGAGUUGCAAUCUCUACUGAACAUGAAACAAUCUCUGGAGGGCACAUUAGUCGAGACAGAAGGUCGAUAUGGAGCAGAACUUGCGACGAUCCAGAAUUUGAUCUCCCAGAUCGAACUCAACCUGCAGCAAGUGAGAUCAGACUACGAGAACCAGUCUCUAGAGUACAGAAGACUACUCGAUAUCAAGACAAAACUGGAGCAGGAAAUCGCCACCUACAGGAGACUCUUGGAUGGGGAGGAUGUAAGCAUCCAAGCCGCUUCACAAUUGGAAACCCAGAAAAGCGUCAAAAUUGUCAGCAAGGAAGAAGCCCAAAGUUCAAGCACAACAACAAUCAAGACUGUGAAGACAUAUGUUGAGGAAGUGGUAGAUGGAAAAGUAGUGUCUUCAUCAAGUUUACAAGAAGUGUCUGAGAUCAAAAAAUAGAGGGUUGAGUCUCCAAUUGUGAUGAAAUGUUAUCAAUAAAUUCUCUGA